UUCCCCUGAAAUCACCUCUACUCUAAGGACUACUCUUUCCUCUCUUAAACAUACAUCACAAACACUUCUUAUCGAUCAACUCUAGCUUCCAAAUUCGUCAUGGCUCGACCACAACAACGCUAUCGUGGUGUCCGUCAACGACAUUGGGGCUCUUGGGUCUCCGAAAUUCGUCAUCCUUUACUGAAGACGAGAAUAUGGCUAGGAACAUUUGAGACAGCGGAGGAUGCAGCACGAGCAUAUGACGAAGCUGCAAGGCUCAUGUGUGGACCAAGAGCGCGAACAAAUUUCGCGUUUAAUGACAAUGAUUCUGAAUCAUCAUCAUCGACCAAGUAUCUGUCUUCAGCUUUGAUUGCUAAAUUACAGAGGUGUCAGAUGAAGUCACUUAGUAUGGCUAAUAAUAGACCAAAAUUGGAAGAUCAAAGUAGCCAACUAGGGAACAGGGGAGAUCAUGGCAUUGCUAGUAGAAGAAAUGUGCAAAUGAGCGCUGAAAUGCCAGUAAGUUAUGAAGGCCAAGCAGAGAGUACACAUACACAACAAUUCAAGUCGCUUGAAGAUCACCAUAUUGAACAAAUGAUUGAGGAGUUGUUGGAUUAUGGAUCAAUUGAGCUCUCUUCUGUUCUACAAAAUUAGGCUAUCAAUGUGAAAUGUUGAACUUUUGCAUUCUAAUGAAAUCCUUCCCUAUUUCUUCA